AAUCUGGUGUUGAUGCUGGUGGACGAAGAUGAAGUGAAAACGAAGUUCAUCACUCUUUCAUCAGCUAUUUGAUUCAAAUUCUCCCGCAAUCUGAUCAAAUCCCCAAAAUUGCAGAUUCACUGAAAGAAUCAUGGGAUCAGAGAAGAAUCCUGAAGCAAAUAAUGGCGAAAAAGAAGAAGAACGACAUCAAUUUCUGCACCCCCUUUCCGCCGACGAUAAAUCGCAAACCCUAACCCUCCCCACCGACGGCGACAACACCUUCAAUGGCAAACUCUCCACUUCCGAUUCCUAUUCGCACUAUCGCAGUGCCAUGACAACACUCUCCUCCUCCUCCUCCACCGAUCAGCCUCUCUUCCCUCCGCCUUCUCCGGCCGUCUCGGAUCCCCUUCUAUUCCCCCCUCACAACCCCUCUCCUGAUUCCCCAUCCUACGCCGACGUCAUGUUCGAUCCCUUCCUCGACAGGCUACCGGAAUCCAACGGCAACGGCGAGAUCUCUGCCGCGGACGAGCUUUCUUCGCCGCUGUCUCAGUCGUCCAGCUCCGAUUACCUCAGAAUCAGCGUUUCCGAUCCGCAGAAGGAGUCUGAGCCUUCGAAUUCGAUUGUUCCCGGUGGGAAUACUUACAUUAGCUAUCUGAUCACGACGAGCACCAACAUUGCGGACUAUGAGGAGUCAGAUUUCAGCGUGCGGAGGCGGUUUAAGGACGUAGUCACGCUGUCAGAUCGGCUGAGUGAGGCUUAUAGGGGGUUCUUCAUCCCGCCUCGGCCGGAUAAGAGUUUGGUUGAGAGCCAGGUGAUGCAGAAGCAGGAUUUUGUGGAGCAGAGGAGAGUGGAGCUGGAGAAGUAUUUGAAGAGGCUGGCGAGGCAUCCGAUGAUCCGGAAGAGCGACGAGCUGAGGGUGUUUUUGACUGUGCAUGGGAGAAUGCCGCUGCCCACGAGCAUUGACAUGGCUUCGAGGAUGCUUGAUGGGGCUGUGAGGCUGCCGAAGCAGCUAUUAGGGGAGUCGAGCAGCGUGAUUGAGCCGCAAGAUGUGGUGCAUUCGGCUAAAGGUGGGAGGGAUAUGCUGAGGUUCUUUAAGGAAUUCAAGCAAUCUGUUGUAAAUGAUUGGGGCAACGCGAAGCCCUCUGUGGAGGAGGAAGAUAAGGAGUUCUUAGAGAAAAAGAUCAAGUUGAAGGACCUCGAGCAACACCUCACAAAUGCGUCGAAGCAGGCAGAAUCAUUGGUUAAGGCACAACAAGAAAUGGGGGAAAUCAUGGGAGAAUUGGGAUUGGCUUUUAUUAAGUUAACCAAGUUUGAGAAUGAGCAGACAGCAUCAAAUACCCAAAGAGUGAGGGCUUCUGACAUGAAGAAUGUAGCAACUGCAGCUGUUAAAGUGAGCAGAUUGUAUCGAGAAUUAAAUGCAUACACUGUGAAGCAUUUUGAUUCAUUGCAUGAGCACAUGGGAAUGAUGUUAGCUGUACAGAAUGCGUUCACAGAUCGUUCUAGUGCCUUACUGACAGUGCAAACUCUUAUAUCAGAAUUGACUGCCUUGCAUUCAAGAGCUGAUAAGCUUGAAACUUCAUCAUCUAAAAUUUUUGGUGGUGACAAGUCAAGGGUCCGCAAGUUGGAGGACAUAAAAAAUGCCAUUAGGGCCACAGAGGAUGCCAAAAGUUGUGCCAUCAAAGAAUAUGAAAGGAUUAAGGAAAACAAUCGGACUGAAAUCCAAAGGCUUGAUGAAGAAAGAAAGGCUGACUUCGUUAACAUGCUGAAAGGAUUUGUAAAAAAUCAGGUCGCAUAUAAUGAGAAAAUUGGAAUCGAGUGGACUAAAGUGGCGGAGGAGACGAGCAGAUACGCUGAGACCAGGUAGAGAACUUGUAUAUUACUCGAUUCUUCUUUGACUUUUUUCGCUAUGAGGUGUGAACUAGUAGCUUAAAGAGGACUGAUGGUUCGUAAUAAACAUCAUACAUAAAGUAGUCUUAGUUUUAUUUCUCCAUUUGUUGGACGUUUUUCUGGUUUUAGAAGAGAUGUUUGUACGUCCUCUUAUGAUAUAGUGCAAAACAAGAAUAUCAUUUGUUGGAGUCAUUUCCAAUUUUCGUGGUGUAAAAAAAUUGGAUGUUGAUUUU